UAAGCUCCGUGCCUCUCCACUCACCGCCUGCGCGAAAAGGUCAAUGUGGCUUCAACAUCAUCUCGUGUUUUGAUAACUCCCCAGGCGCAAGAGUGUUCCACAGGGAGAUUUCCUCCCUUCUGAUUACUUCAACUUGUAGACGUUGCUUGUCCUUCCGUUUGGGUUCCCUGAGUUAUAUCUCCGGACAUAUCCAUCACCAAUUGCCUCGCAGUAACAAGGAACCCAGGUCACCAUGCACUCGACUCUAAACCGAGCGCAGGCCGUCUUCGGCUUCUUCACAACCGUAGCCCUCUUCGUGGCGGGUUUCGCUGCACUAUCGGUUCUUUUGUAUCCAACCGACGCCGCAAAUACCGCUGUCACCCUGAGGGAUGUCAAAGUAAUCAAAGGACGCCCACACUACUACUCUAACAAAAAAGAAGAAUACGCCCAGAUGCGCUUCGACCUGGACGCCGACCUCUCCUCCCUCUUCAACUGGAACACAAAACAACUCUUCGUCUACGUCUACGCCUCCUACUCCUCUUCCGACAACGAAUCUUCUCUUCUCCCGCAGUCUGAUUCUAUCAUUUGGGAUACUAUUAUUCCAGCCCCCGAAUCGCCGUACUCCUUCGCUGCUCUCCAGGAGCGCUUUUUCCCGGCUAAGACUUCGUCGAAACGGACGGCUGGUGCUAAGAAGGCUAUUAAGAAGGAUAAGGCCGCGCCUGGUGUUCUGCGUUUGAGGAAUCAGAGGGCCAAGUAUCAGAUCGGCGAUAUCACGGGGAAGAUGGCGGAGCGGAACAAUGUGACGCUUUCCGUUGGGUGGAAUGUGCAGCCUUGGGUUGGAGCUCUGUGGUGGAGUCCUGGGUCCGGGGCUGUGCCGAGGACUGAGGGUAGUACAAGGAGGAGUAAGCCGUUCGUAUUUCCGGCGUUGAAAACGAAGGCCAAUACUAAGGGGGCAGAGGGUCAAGCUCAGCAGGAGAAGAAGGCGGUGUAAGGUUCCUCUUGUGUAUAAGUUGAUGAAUUUAAUCAAUGAUUUUGGGCUCAACCUCUAUUAUUUAUAGGAUGUGGUUCGCGGAUUAUAUAUUUAAUUACAGCCUAGACUGCGAGAAGCGAAAAGGAGAAAUGGUGGAGAGCGACAAGUGUUCAAACAGGACUCGCAAUAAUGAUAUCUACCGAAAGUGAACUAGCUUUUCAUGCAAAGGUGAACGAACGGAGCAAUUAAUUAGCCCAAAAAAAGUAGGGCAAAGGAUUAAUGAAAACAAGUGUGCGCCGCCCCCUUCGUAAGUCAUAAUCGCAGGUUCAACCGCCUAAUUGUGAAUGGUGCCGUAAGUUGUCUCGCGCUGGCUACCACGCUGGAUUCGGUCGGAGUAUACCCCAGGUGCACGUCCUGUUGCGCCGUUGCGUUGACUGUAGUAUACGUAUUCGAGAUAG